GGCAAAAAUGACCAUGAGAGCAGAAGCUCUGGUUUGAGGUCCUCAGGGAGGGAUGAGGUCCUCACUACUGAGGUCGUUCCUCGAGAGCAGGGGGAGGGGCAGCCUUCAUCAGUGAGUGUCAGCUGGCUGAGCAGAGCAUGGUGGCAAAGCAGAGCAGCAGGACAGAGAGUUUCUGCUGCUGCUGCUGCUGGACAAGGACCAGGACUAAGACCGGGACCAGGACUAGGAUCAGGACUAGGAUCAGGACUAGGAUCAGGACCAGGAGCUUCCCACUCAUCUUCACACGACGUGUGACUCCUGUGACAGUGUAGAUAUGUUUGAUAACACUCAUUAUCCCUUCAACUGCUUCAACUACGAUGGAGACGGAUAUCCUUCGUCCAGCACCGACGAAGAGAAGAAAAUGUGCAGACCUGCGUACAGCUACAUCGCUCUGAUCGCCAUGGCGAUCCAGCAGAGCCCGGAGCAGCGGGUCACUCUGUCGGGCAUCUACGAGUUCAUCAUGAAGAGAUUUCCUUACUAUCGCUCCAACCAGAGAGCGUGGCAGAACUCCAUCAGACAUAACCUGUCACUGAACAGCUGCUUCAUCAAAGUUCCUCGGACUGAGGGCAAUGAAAAGGGAAAAGGAAACUUUUGGACUUUUGCCACCGGCUGUGAAUCCAUGCUCGACCUGUUUGAAAACGGCAACUUCCGCCGCCGCCGUCGCAGGAGGAACAUGAAAAUCGGCCUCCGUGACCCUGGAGAAACGCCCUUCCACCCUCUGGAGAGCCACACCAAUCGGCACGCACCUGCCGCCCGCCACGCUGCAGAACCUGACUCCGCCCUCUGCCCUCUUAACCCAGAAAGGCCAAGGCCGGGUCCACAACAGAACCACCUCAACCCGAACCCCGGGCAGCAGGGGAAACCGGAGUCGGAGAUCAAGUUUAGCAUUGACUACAUCCUCUCCACUCCAGAUCCGCCCCUGUCUGGGUUCAGAUCGUCCCACGCUCCGGUGCACAUGGGACCUACGGCGCCACCUAUACACGUCCUGGAGUCCCCGCACCUGAACCUGCACUUCUGGACUCUGUGAGGAAAGGAGAGUCCAAAACUGUCCAAAAACUGGGGAGAGGAUGUCCAAAGACAAAAAUACUUUAAAAUAUCAACGAAGAACAAACUAGAGUAUUGUGCGACUGAUGCGAGGUGCAGCUCACAGUCGAGUCUCGUCUUCAUGUUGUCAUUCUGCUGUGUGUGUGCAGUGUCUGCAGUGCUGACAUAGACUAGACCUUAACUCUAAAUAUGUGACAAC